AUGUAGAUAUAAAAAAUAGUAUCUAAUUUUAAAAUUAAAACUUAUGAAAGUAAAGAAUAUUUAUUCUCUAAAAAUUAACUGAUUGAUAAAUUAAUUAUUAUAUUAGAUGGUUAAUUGGAAUUCGAUGGAUAAUUAUACAAUAAUGGAUAACUAUUUGGAGAUAUAUUUUUAUAAUUAGAAGAAUCUAAAAGAAAAAUUAAUUCAGAUAUUGUAACUACACGUAAAACUACAUUAUCUGUACUUCCUUUCAGAUAAUUUUUUGAAUGUAUAGGAGGAGAAUUAGAAACUGUUGUUAAAAAAAAUAAAGAUAGAGCUGGUUCAUCAAGUUUACUUGAAAAAAGAUAAAAAAGCAACUAUUCUUUAUUAACUUUAGAAGAUUUUAUUGGGUUAUAACUUUUAGGUGAAGGUACUUUUGGAACUGCUUAUUUGGUUAAAGAUAUACCAUAAUAGAAUUUACAUGUAAUGAAAUGUGUUCCUAAAGUUAAUAUUAUAUCAAAUAAUACUGAAAGACAUAUAAAAAAUGAGAAAUAAGCAUUAGAAUUAUUAAAUCAUUAUAGUUUAGUAUCUUUUCAUAGAUCAUUUAAAGAUUAAAAUUAUAUUUAUUUGUUAACAGAAUAUGUUAAAGGAAAAGAAUUAUUUCAUGUUAUUCGAGAUCUUGGUUUACUGAAUUCAUAUGAAACUUAAUUCUAUAUAGCUUAGAUGAUUAAUAUUUUAGAGAAACUUCAUUCUUAUCAUAUCAUAUAUAGAGAUGUAAAACCUGAGAAUUUUAUUGUAAUGGAAAAUGGAUAUUUAAAACUUAUAGAUAUGGGAACAGCUAAAGUAUUAAAGUCUAGAGCAUCUAAAACAUAUACAAUUGUAGGAACACCUCAUUAUAUGUCACCUGAAAUAUUAAAAGAAAAAGGAUAUACAUUCUCUACUGAUUUAUGGUCAUUAGGAAUAUGUUUUUAUGAAUUAAUGUGUGGUGAAGUUCCAUUUGCUGGCAAUGAAGAUGAUGAUCCGUAUUUAAUCUAUUUUAUUUAGAUAUAUCAUCUCAUAGGCCAUUAUUAAUGGGAGAGUAGAAUACCCAUCAUUUUUAAAAGAUUUUAAAGCUAUUAAAUUAAUGGAUUAAUUAAUGAAUAAGACCCCUGAAUUAAGAUUAGGAGGAUCAUAUGAUGCACUUAAAGUUCAUUCUUGGUUUGAUGGAUUCUAAUGGGUAUAUUGUAUUAUCCUAUUAUUUUUAAGGAAGAAUUAGAUAUGAUGGAAAUUAAACCACCUCAUAUUCCUAAACUUUAAUAAUCCCAUUUUUAACCUAUUCCAUUCCUUGAUAUGAUUUAAAAAGAUACAACUCCUGAUAUGAUUUGUACUGCCCUUGUUGAUUGGGAUUAAGAAUUUUGAAAAAUAUU